GCCCCAGCCUUGCCCGUUGCCGGGGCUGUCUCUUUAAAUGCUGGGGUCUGCGCACCGGAGAAGGGGAGGGCUCGGCUCUGGAGUGCGUGAAAUUCCUGGGCUGCUCUGACAGUCUCAGGCAGAAAGCUCCGCUCUACGCAUCUCGCCUCGCACGCCACUCACCCCUGCGAGGGAGAGGCGCGCCAAACCUUCCUCCGCGCCCGCUCUCCUUCUCGCGCUCGCUCUGGCUGCAGCCUUUCCGAGCCGUCCAGGACGCGCCUUUUCCAUCUCCAGCGGCGCCCACCUUGCCUUCUGCCCUCCCCACCACCCCCCACCACCACCACCACACCCUCGCCUGAGAGGAGACGUCUCUUCCCUCCCUCCACCCCCGGAUUCUUAGUAGCCCCCCAAAGAGGAAAACAACAAAUAACAAGAGUUGAGGAAACAACCCAAACCUCCUCACAACUGCACAAGGGCCUACUUGCCAAGAAGUGAGGAAUUAGGGUUUGGAUCAUCUUCAGUACACAAUGCAGAUUGACUUUGAUUUUUCUGUCUACGGAUUCAAUUGUUUAAUGAGUUUGCUACUAUAUAUUAUCUGCUGCCACCAUCAUUGCUUCUAAGGGACCAUAAUUUGGAGAUUGGGUGGUGACUCUGCUUCUGCCUUUCACUGGAAAGGGCUGGGGUCACACUUGGAAACCUACCCCACCCCAAAACAUUACAUCUGAAGAAUUCUUACUCUGUUCUUCUCCUAGGAUAAAGGCCUCUGGAUCCCAAGGGAUAGCUGAGAUCUUUCCUUGACAAAGAAAAAUUUGCCUCUCCAGUCGUGUCUUUUUCACUGGUGGAAUUAAACGGCUGUGGUGCCUCUCACCAGAGCCAAGGUAGCUUGCAUUCUUUUUCUCUUAAGAAUAAGCAAGGUUUCAAAAAUGGGCUUUACCCUCCGAUCUGCCUCUUUGACCUUGAAGAUCAGCUUAUUGCUGGGCUCAUUACUCAGCCUCUGUCUCGGACUUGAGUUCAUGGGCCUUCCAAAUCAGUGGGCCCGUUACCUCCGCUGGGAUGCGAGCACACGGAGUGACCUCAGCUUCCAGUUGAAAACGAAUGUCUCAACUGGGCUUCUGCUCUACUUUGAUGAUGGCGGUGUCUGUGAUUUUCUUUGUUUGUCUUUGGUGGAUGGGCGUAUUCAGCUCCGGUUCAGUGUGGACUGCGCUGAGGCCACUGUAGUUACGGAUAAACAGGUCAAUGACAGCAACCUACACUUCUUGAUGGUUAGUCGCAACCAUCUCCGGACAGUUCUAGUGCUGGAUGGAGAAGCCAAGCCUGGUGAGGUACGCCCACAGCGCCAGUACAUGAAUAUUGUAAGUGACCUCUUUGUGGGAGGCGUCCCAUCAGAUAUUCGCCCUGCAGCCUUGACCCUGGACAGCGUCCUGAGUGAGCCACCAUUUAAAGGAUUUAUUUUGGACCUGAAGUACGGCAGUUCAGAACCCCAGCUUUUAGGCCACCAAGGAGUCCGCCUGGACAUGGAAGGGCUAUGUACAGAGAACCCAUGUGAAAAUGGUGGAACUUGCUUCCUUUUGGAUGGGGAGCCACAGUGUGAUUGCUCAGCCACUGGAUAUGCUGGGAAAUUCUGUUCUGAAGAUGCCAGCCGUGUUCCAGGCCUUUCACACCUGAUGAUGGGCGAGCAAGGUAGAAGUAAAGCAAGAGACGAGAACGUGGCCACCUUCCGUGGUUCUGAAUACCUUUGCUAUGACCUCUCCCAGAAUCCCAUUCAAAGCAGCAGUGAUGAGAUCACCCUCUCCUUCAAGACGUGGCAGCGCAACGGGCUUAUCCUGCACACGGGCAAGUCGGCCGAUUAUGUCAACCUGGCUCUGAAAGAUGGCGCAGUCUCGUUGAUCAUUAACCUGGGGUCCGGAGCCUUUGAGGCCAUUGUGGAGCCAGUCAGUGGCAAAUUUAAUGACAACCAGUGGCACGACGUUAAAGUGACACGCAACCUGCGGCAGCACUCAGGCAUUGGACACGCUAUGGUGACAAUUUCUGUGGAUGGAAUCCUCACCACCACAGGCUACACUCAAGAGGACUAUACCAUGUUAGGCUCGGAUGACUUCUUCUACGUGGGCGGGAGCCCGAGUACAGCUGACUUGCCUGGCUCUCCUAUCAGCAACAACUUUAUGGGCUGCCUCAAAGAGGUUGUUUAUAAGAAUAAUGACAUCCGUCUGGAGCUGUCUCGCUUGGCAAGGAUUGGUGAUACAAAAAUGAAAAUCUAUGGGGAAGUAAAGUUCACAUGCGAGAAUGUAGCCACGCUGGACCCCAUCAACUUCGAGACACCUGAGGCCUAUAUUAGCCUGCCUAAGUGGAACACCAAGAGGAUGGGGUCUAUCUCCUUUGACUUCCGCACCACAGAACCCAACGGCCUUAUACUCUUCACCCAUGGUAAACCUCAAGAAAGGAAGGAUUCCAGAAGCCAGAAGAAUACCAAAGUAGAUUUCUUUGCAGUGGAACUCUUAGAUGGGAACCUUUACCUCCUUCUCGACAUGGGCUCUGGAACAGUCAAAGUGAAGGCCACUCAGAGAAAAGCUAAUGAUGGAGAAUGGUAUCACGUUGAUAUUCAGAGAGAUGGCAGAUCAGGUACCAUAUCUGUGAACAGCAGACGGACCCCCUUCACUGCUAGUGGGGAGAGUGAGAUCCUGGACCUAGAAGGGGAUAUGUACCUUGGAGGACUGCCAGAAAAUCGGGCAGGUCUCGUUCUCCCUACUGAGCUCUGGACAGCCAUGCUGAACUAUGGCUACGUGGGCUGCAUCCGAGACCUCUUUAUUGAUGGGCGGAGUAAGAACAUCCGGCAGCUAGCAGAGCAGCAAAAUGCUGCUGGCGUCAAGUCUUCCUGUAUCCGGGUCAACUCCAAGCAGUGUGACAGCUACCCCUGCAAGAACAAUGCUGUCUGUAAGGAUGGCUGGAACCGCUUUAUCUGUGACUGCACUGGGACAGGUUACUGGGGAAGAACAUGUGAGCGGGAGGCUUCCAUCCUGAGUUACGAUGGCAGUAUGUAUAUGAAGAUCAUUAUGCCUAUGGUCAUGCAUACAGAGGCAGAGGAUGUGUCCUUCCGCUUCAUGUCUCAGCGUGCUUAUGGGCUACUCAUGGCCACAACAUCACGCGAUUCAGCUGAUACCCUGCGCCUAGAGCUGGAUGGAGGCCGUGUCAAGCUCAUGGUCAAUCUAGACUGUAUCAGGAUAAACUGUAACACCAGUAAAGGACCUGAGACCCUUUAUGCUGGGCAGAAACUCAAUGACAAUGAGUGGCACACAGUCCGAGUGGUACGUCGAGGAAAGAGUCUGAAACUGACUGUGGAUGAUGAUGUUGCUGAAGGAACUAUGGUUGGUGACCAUACUCGCUUGGAAUUCCACAACAUUGAGACUGGGAUAAUGACAGAAAAGCGAUACAUCUCCGUCCUUCCUUCCAGCUUCAUUGGCCACCUCCAGAGCCUCAUGUUCAAUGGUCUUCUCUAUAUUGACUUGUGCAAGAAUGGUGACAUAGACUACUGUGAAUUGAAAGCCCGUUUUGGGCUUCGUAACAUCAUCGCUGAUCCUGUCACUUUCAAAACCAAGAGCAGCUACCUGAGCUUAGCAACCCUGCAGGCCUAUACAUCCAUGCACCUCUUCUUUCAGUUCAAGACAACCUCUGCCGAUGGUUUCAUCCUUUUCAACAGUGGGGAUGGAAAUGAUUUCAUUGCCGUCGAACUGGUUAAAGGGUAUAUACAUUAUGUGUUUGACCUAGGGAAUGGACCAAAUGUCAUCAAGGGCAAUAGUGAUCGGCCUUUAAAUGACAACCAGUGGCACAAUGUAGUCAUCACCCGAGACAACAGUAACACCCACAGCCUAAAAGUGGACACCAGGAUGGUUACUCAGGUUAUCAAUGGUGCCAAGAACCUUGACCUUAAGGGUGAUCUUUACAUCGCUGGUCUUGCCCAAGGAAUGUACAGCAACCUUCCAAAAUUGGUGGCAUCCCGUGAUGGGUUUCAAGGCUGCCUUGCAUCAGUGGACUUGAAUGGACGCCUGCCAGACCUUAUUAAUGAUGCUUUGCACCGCAGUGGGCAGAUUGAGCGUGGAUGUGAAGUCACAUCUCUAAGCCAAAUGGGUCCAAGUACCACCUGUCAAGAAGACUCUUGUGCCAACCAAGGCAUUUGCAUUCAGCAGUGGGAAGGCUUCACUUGUGACUGCUCCAUGACAUCAUAUUCUGGGAACCAGUGCAAUGACCCUGGUGCCACAUAUAUUUUUGGUAAGAGUGGAGGCCUCAUUCUGUACACUUGGCCAGCAAAUGACAGACCUAGCACGAGAACAGACCGCCUGGCCGUUGGGUUCAGCACAACAGUAAAAGAUGGUAUCUUGGUUCGGAUUGACAGUGCCCCUGGUCUCACUGACUUUCUGCAGCUUCACAUAGAACAAGGCAAGAUUGGUGUUGUCUUCAACAUUGGCACAGUUGAUAUCUCUAUCAAAGAAGAGAGCACCCCGGUGAACGAUGGCAAAUACCAUGUGGUGCGCUUCACCCGAAAUGGUGGUAAUGCAACACUUCAAGUGGAUGGAUGGCCAGUGAAUGAACAUUACCCUUCAGGCAACACUGAUACUGCGUUCCAAUUGGUAAAACAGAAAAUCCCCUUCAAAUAUAAUCGGCCCGUAGAGGAAUGGCUGCAGGAAAAAGAUGAUGCAACACCGCAUCACCACUUGGCGUCGAGACCUGCCACGACGACAAAAUUUGGACGACAGUUAACGAUCUUCAACACCCAGGCGCAAAUAGCCAUUGGAGGAAAAGACAGAGGACGUCUCUUCCAAGGUCAGCUGUCCGGUCUCUACUACAAUGGCUUGAAAGUACUGAACAUGGCUGCAGAGAACAACCCCAACAUCAAGAUAAAUGGAAGUGUCCGUCUGGUUGGAGAAGUGCCCUCCAUCUUGGGAACAGCACCCACAACCUCCAUGCCACCAGAGAUGUCCACCACUGUUAUGGAGACCACCACUACUAUGGCCACUACCACGACCCGAAAAAACCGUUCCACACCCACCAUUCAGACAACAGAUGACCUUGUUUCUUCAGCGGAAUGUUCUAACGAUGACGAAGAUCUCAUUGAAUGUGAGCCGAGUGUAGGAGGUGAAUUAGUUAUCCCUCUUCUUAUAGAAGACCCUUUAGAUAUCCCUCCUAUUGCUACUCGUGCACCUUUCAUUACACUCCCCACUACCUUCCGCCCCCUCCUCACCAUUAUUGAGACCACCAAAGAUUCCCUGUCCAUGACCUCUGAGGCGGGGUUACCUUGCUUGUCGGACCAAGGCAGCGAUGGUUGUGAUGAUGAUGGCUUGGUGAUAUCUGGGUAUGGCUCAGGGGAAACCUUUGACUCUAACCUGCCCCCUACUGAUGAUGAAGAUUUUUACACCACCUUCUCCUUGGUAACAGAUAAGAGUCUUUCCACUUCAAUCUUCGAAGGUGGCUACAAAGCACACGCACCCAAGUGGGAAGCCAAGGACUUUAGACCUAACAAAGUCUCCGAAACUGGUAGGACUACUACCACAGCUUUGUCCCCUGAGCUGAUUCGCUCCACAACUUCGGCCUCGACUGGGAUGGUGCCCAAAUUGCCAGCCGGCAACAUGAAUAACCGUGACCUCAAACCCCAGCCUGAUAUAGUCUUGCUUCCGUUGCCCACUGCCUAUGAGCUAGACAGCACAAAACUGAAGAGCCCGCUAAUAACUUCCCCCAUGUUCCGUAAUGUGCCCACAGCAAACCCCACGGAGCCGGGAAUCAGACGGGUUCCGGGGGCCUCAGAGGUGGUCCGUGAGUCGAGCAGCACAACGGGGAUGGUCGUCGGCAUUGUGGCUGCUGCCGCCCUCUGCAUCCUGAUCCUCCUGUACGCCAUGUACAAGUACAGGAACAGGGACGAGGGGUCCUAUCAGGUGGAUGAGACGCGGAACUACAUCAGCAACUCGGCCCAGAGCAACGGCACGCUCAUGAAGGAGAAGCAGCAGAGCACAAAGAGCGGCCACAAGAAACAGAAAAACAAGGACAAAGAAUAUUAUGUGUAAAAAAAAUUGAAUACUUAUUUAUAUAUAUAAAUAUAUAAAUACCUUAUGAGAUAUAACUGAAUCAAAACUGUUACACGGCUAACAAGAUUGGGAGCUACAGUUUGUGUUUAAAACAAAUAUUGAGAAUAAACAUUUCAGCUGUUGACUGCUAAGUUUUCAGUCAUCGCUUGGAGUCCCAAACUCUGCCCUACUGUAUCAUAAAGCACACUUAGCGUUCUGAAGAAGGCCUAUGCAGCAUUACCAUGGUGGCGGACUUUAAAGCUUUCAGACCUCCUCCUCAGUUGAACUUUUCUGCAAGGGCAGAAGACUUCAUGGCUUACUUGUUUCGUAUCUCCAAGUGAGUCUUUAAAGAUGUUCAUGAUCUUUGACUGUAUGCUAUUUUUUUUUCAGUUUAAUUAUUUAAAAAAAUAACAAAAAAAAGAAAAAGAAAAAAAUGCAAAUGUUAUAAACGAAAAAGAAUAACUGAUCUGGCCAUGUCCAGCUUACGUAUCAUUUUUCAAGAUGUGAGGGGGGGAAAGAAAAAUAAAUGGUUUGGGGUUUUCAUUCUGUUUUUUUGUCUGAGUUUUUUUCAUUUUCUGUGAGAGUUUUUGGGAGAAUGAGCCAGGACAUAUGUCAAGAAGAAAACUUGGGGAAAAAAUGUAAUAGAGACUCUUGCCAUAUAUGAACUGAAGUUCUACCACGGUGUUCGCUCUACAUAUCAGAUUGUGUUGUCUCUUGAAUCUGUUGUCUGCAGUAAGUUGUUAACAUUAAAAAAAAUGUGAUGGGGUAGCAGUGAUGAUGAUGGUGCUGAGACUGGAGAAUGAGACUGGAAACCCGCUGCCCCAGGAUCUGGCUCCAGUAUUUGUAAGUGAAGUCAUAUGAAGAUAAAACUGCUUUUUCCUUGACAAGGGGCCACCAAUUGUAUUUGGCUAUCAUUUAUAGUAUAUAGUAGCACAGCUAAACUAUGCGGGAAAGGGGGAUUUUGAAACCAAACCAGGCAAAACAUAACUCCUUAGCCAUUCUGAAUUGAACAGACAAGCAAAAAUGAAGGAACCCUUCUUUGGGUUCUGGCUCUUGGUUGAUGAUGCAUGAAUGCAAACAAUAGUAAUCAUUUGAAUUAAGUGUUUAGAAAGAUUAUAUUGAGUUCAACUUGUUGAUAAGAACUAGAAAAUGUCACAUAAGCC